AUGGCGGAUGGUCGGAUCCACCGCCGGCAUGUGGACCAAAUGUGGUGCUGCCUGGCUGAUGCCCCAGCUCCAGUCACUACUACCACGAGGUGAACUAUCAGCUUGGCUCACAGACUGAUGCACCCAAGGAGAACCCUGUGGCCCAGAGUAGGACUGAAGAACGGGACCCCAACACUGCACCGCCAGAUAGCAUGGAGGCAACAACACCAGUGACACCCACGACACCAGCUCCAACUCCAACUCCAUCAGGAUCCCCAAUGACCCAAAGGAGUGAGCUCCACCGCUCCCAGCGGGUGAGGCACCACCCUCACCAUUUGGAUGACUGUGUGUUGACGGGGAUAAGGGUUCAUGCCUAA